AUGCUACUCCCCUCCGUGCUUGCUUCCCCCUCCCUGCUUCAUGCUACUCCCCUCCGUGCUUGCUUCCCCCUCCCUGCUUCAUGCUACUCCCCUCCGUGCUUGCUUCCCCCUCCCUGCUUCAUGCUACUCCCCUCCGUGCUUGCUUCCCCCUCCCUGCUUCAUGCUACUCCCCUCCGUGCUUGCUUCCCCCUCCCUGCUUCAUGCUACUCCCCUCCGUGCUUGCUUCCCCCUCCCUGCUUCAUGCUACUCCCCUCCGUGCUUGCUUCCCCCUCCCUGCUUCAUGCUACUCCCCUCCGUGCUUGCUUCCCCCUCUCUGCUUCAUGCUACUCCCCUCCGUGCUUGCUUCCCCCUCCCUGCUUCAUGCUACUCCCCUCCGUGCUUGCUUCCCCCUCCCUGCUUCAUGCUACUCCCCUCCGUGCUUGCUUCCCCCUCCCUGCUUCAUGCUACUCCCCUCCGUGCUUGCUUCCCCCUCCCUGCUUCAUGCUACUCCCCUCCGUGCUUGCUUCCGCCUCCCUGCUUCAUGCUACUCCCCUCCGUGCUUGCUUUCCGCGCCCUGCUGAACUGUUUCUCACUGCUCUCUCCCCCUGCUCUGUUUCCUUGCUCGGUUCUCUUGCUCUUUCCCUCUGCUCUUUUCUCAUGCUCUCUCCCCCUGCUCUGUUUCCACUGCUCGGUUCUCAUGCUAUCCCCCCCUGCUAUGUUUCCCUGCACGGUUCUCAUGCUCUCCCCCCCUGCUAUGUUUCCCUGCACGGUUCUCAUGCUCUCCCCCCCUGCUAUGUUUCCCUGCACGGUUCUCAUGCUCUCCCCCCCUGCUCUGCUUCACUGCUCAAUUCUCUUUCUCUCUCCCCGUGCUCUGCUUCCCUGCUUGUUUCUCAUGCUCUCUCGCCUUCUCUGUUUCCCUGCUCGGUUCUCAUGCUCUCUCCCCCUGCUCUGUUUCCAUGCUCGGUUCUCAUGCUCUCUCCCACUGCUCUGUUCCCAAUGCCCUCCUCGAUGCCCUGCGCUGUUCCCUUCACUGGUUCUCUGCUUUGUUCCAUUCUGUGUCUGCCCUCCUCUGUGCCCUGCGCUGUUCCCUUCACUGCCCUCCUCGAUGCCCUGCGCUGUUCCCUUCACUGGUUCUCUGCUUUGUUCCAUUCUGUGUCUGCCCUCCUCGAUGCCCUGCGCUGUUCCCUUCACUGGUUCUCUGCUUUGUUCCAUUCUGUGUCUGCCCUCCUCGAUGCCCUGCGCUGUUCCCUUCACUGGUUCUCUGCUUUGUUCCAUUCUGUGUCUGCCCUCCUCUGUGCCCUGCGCUGUUCCCUUCACUGGUUCUCUGCUUUGUUCCAUUCUGUGUCUGCCCUCCUCGAUGCCCUGCGCUGUUCCCUUCACUGGUUCUCUGCUUUGUUCCAUUCUGUGUCUGCCCUCCUCUGUGGCCUGCGCUGUUCCCUUCACUGGUUCUCUGCUUUGUUCCCUUCUGUGUCUGCCCUGCUCUGUGUCAUGUUCUCCCCGCUUCCCCCUCUCAUGCAUGCUUUCCACCCACUCCAGCCCCGCUUCCCCCUCUCAUGCAUGCUUUCCACCAACGCCAGCCCCGCUUCCCCCUCUCCUGCAUGCUUUCCACCCACUCCAGCCCCGCUUCCCCCUCUCAUGCAUGCUUUCCACCCACACCAGCCCCGCUUCCCCCUCUCCUGCAUGCUUUCCACCCACUACAGCCCCGCUUCCCACUCUCAUGCUGCUUUCCACCCACGCCAGCCCCGCUUCCCCCUUUCCUGCAUGCUUUCCACCCACGCCAGGCCCGCUUCCCCCUCUCCUGCCUGCUUUCUUCCCACGCCAGCCCCGCUUCCCCCUCUCCUGCAUGCUUUCCACCGACGCCAGGCCCGCUUCCCCCUCUCCUGCAUGCUUUCCACCCACUCCAGCCCCGCUUCCCCCUCUCCUGCAUGCUUUCCACCCACGCCAGCCCCGCUUCCCCCUCUCCUGCAUGCUUUCCACCCACGCCAGCCCAGCUUCCCCCUCUCCUGCAUGCUUUCCACCCACGCCAGCCCCGCUUUCCCCUCUCCAAAAUGCUUUUCCACCCCCUCCAGCCCUUAG